UUGACACAAAAAAUUAUUGUUCUAUAUUCCUGGCAGGAAGGAGUCAACAAUUAUUGAGGAGAUUGCCAGAAAAUUAAUUGGUGACUUGCAUUAUUCAUACUCAGGUGUUCAUGAGGAUCUUGUUGGAAUACAAUCUCGUGUGGAGGAAAUGGAGAAUUUAUAUUUAAGCAUGGGGUUGAAUGAUGUUCUCUUUAUAGGGAUUUGGGGAAUGGGUGGAAUCGGUAAAACAACUAUUGCACAAGUUCUAUAUGAUAGAAUCCGUUAUCAUUUUGCUGGCAGUAGUUUUCUUGCAAAUGUUAGAGAAAAAAGUGGAAAUGGUGGUCUAGUUACUUUACAGAAACAACUUCUUUCUGAUAUCUUGUUUGAAAAAAAUAUUGAUAUUUGGGAUGUUCAGUGGGGAAUCAAUUUGAUAAGGAAUAGAUUAUGUCAUAAAAGGGUUCUUGUCAUUCUUGAUGAUGUGGAUCAACCUGAACAAUUAAAAGCUUUAGCAGGCAAGCGAAGUUGGUUUGGUCUAGGGAGUAUGAUCAUUAUAAUAAGUAGGGAUCAACAUUUGUUAAUUAGACAUGAAGUGGCUAAACAAAAAAUAUACAAGGCUAAGAUAUUGAAUAAUGAUGAAGCUCUUAAGCUUUUUAGUCUGAAAGCCUUCAAGCAAGACAAUCCUUUAGAAGGUUACGAGGUGCUAUCUAAAAAAUUUAUACGUUAUGCUCAAGGCCUUCCAUUAGCACUUGAAGUUUUGGGCUCCUUCAUGUUUCGCAGAAAUCUAGAUGCUUGGGAAUCUGUACUAGGUAGACUAAAUGAAAGUCCGGAAAGGAAAAUCCUGGAUGUGCUCCAAAUAAGUUUCGAUGGCCUAAAGAUAACAGAGCAAAAACUAUUUUUGGAUAUUGCUUGUUUCUUCAAAGGAAUGGCUAAAUAUCGUGUAGCAAAUAUACUACAAACUCUCCAUUACAAGCCAUACAUUGAUAUAGAUGUUCUUGUAGAAAAAUCUCUUAUAACCAUCUCAGCUGAUGGAAUGUUGUGGAUGCAUGAUUUACUACAAGAAUUGGGUAAGGACAUUGUUCGUUGUGAAUCUCCUAAUGAGCCUGGUGAACGUAGUAGGUUGUGGUUGAAGGAGGAUGCCCUUCAUCUACUAAUAAAUAGUUCAGUAAGUUGA